UCGGUGUGGGAUACUCGAGCGUCAUAAACUAUCACGUGCAUGAACUGUGAUGGGCCGAAAGAGCUGGGCCCUGGGGCUCGGCCCACAAUAAUCAUCUAUUGCGGGCCUCUGGUCCAUACUCUUUCCCCUUCUCCUUCCUCGUUCGUUCAGGUAUAAAAGCUUAGGGUUUCGGUGGCUAGGGUUUACCUCCACCAGCUCGCUCCUUCAGCUCAGUCCCGCGGCGUCGCCCAUCCACUGCAGCAGCGAAGAUGCCGUCGCACAAGACGUUCAGGAUCAAGAAGAAGCUGGCGAAGAAGAUGAGGCAGAACAGGCCGAUCCCGCACUGGAUCCGCAUGAGGACCGACAACACCAUCAGGUACAAUGCGAAGCGUAGGCAUUGGCGCCGCACCAAGUUGGGAUUUUAAGGCGGAUGGCCUUUGUUCAAUUUUCAAUACGACUCAAGAUUUGCUUUGUAGAACUUGAGAAUGCGGGUUUGACUAGGGCUCGAUUCUAGAUUACUGGUAUUCCUAGAAGUGUUUCCUUUUGAAAUUGUUUAACCAGUGAAUCCUAUCUUCAGUAAAUUUACGGUCCUAUGAUAUCAUGUUAUGUGCAAAUCAUGACCUCAUUUUGGUUCC